AUGUACUUACCGGAGCGCAACAAAGAAGAGACGGAGCGGACGCCGCUCGUGUCGAGUCGGAACACAGUGGCCAGCGGUACUACUCCCCGAUCGAACGUUCCCCAACACGGCCGAUCGCGGUCCAACUCAUUUCGCGAACAUCACGGUGUCAUGCCUCCGAUUGCAUCGAAUUACCCGUUGCCACAGAACAAACACCGAGUAACGGCUUCCCUGAAUGCGGAAGGAUUCGCCCCGAGAGCGGUACCGUCUUAUACGCCCGGAGUUCCCGUCACCAACGCCAGUUCUUCCGCCUAUACGCUGGGACGUCAACCCAGUCUUCCACUACCCCCGCGCCAACGACGUCAACCCAGCCAGGAUUCUACCAAUGGACCCAAAAAGGGAGGUUUCUUUUACUACAUUGUCUACGCCAUGGUCAACGUCAUUAUCAGUGUCCCGGGUUUGUAUGGCUACGCCGCCGUCAUUUUCAAUCACGAAGCCUAUAAUGAUCAUAUGAAUGCUCUCAGCAAAUUGGUAAUAUUUUCUUCGCUCAUGCAUCAGCUGGGAUUUUGCUUGUUCUCGUCCCUGCCGUUUGCGAUCGGUACCGUACAAGACGCCGGGCUCAUCUUUCUCAGUGCCAUGAGCAACAUCGUGGCCAAAGAAAUUCUGGCAAACGGGGGAACAGUGGAGGAAGUUGUGUCCACGACCUUGGUUAUUCUGGCAAUGAGCACAGCAUGUCUAGGACUCGCUCUGGUGGCCAUGGGCAAAUUCCGAUUGGCCGAUAUUGUUUCCUACUUGCCCAUGCCCGUCGUAGGGGGCUAUUUGGCCUUUAUAGGCUAUUUUUGCCUCCAAGCCGGGGUUGCCUUGUGUAUUUCGGAACCCAUGGUCGGGCUGGCGGAUUGGCGAUAUUUAUUGGAGUCGCAAAAUGUGCUUCUGGCUGCACCUGGGCUGGGUGCGGGGCUAGCGCUGACGUACAUUUCUCGCAAGGCCGAAAGCGAUGCCGCCUUGCCAGCGGCAAUGAUUGUCAUUCCGGUUUUGUUUUACGCUCUCAUCUUUGGGACGGGUAUGGGCAUUGAAGGUGCUCGCGAAGAUGGGUGGGUUGGCCAAACAGCACCACCCGUGCCAGUGCAGGAUCUUUUUCAUUUGGUGGACUUUAAGCUUGUUCAUUGGACCCUGAUCUCCAAGUGUUUGGCAACAUGGUUGGGCAUGGUUUUUGUCGUUUCAUUUGCGUCUUGCCUAGAUGUGGCGGCUAUUAGCAUGGAUAUGGGAGAAGCUUUGGAUACAAAUCGAGAACUGGCCACGGUUGGGAUUUGCAACGUCAUGUCAGGCUUGACGUUUGGCUUCACGGGCUCGUACAUAUUUUCACAAACAAUCUUUACCUAUCGGACUGGCGUACACUCGAAAUGGAUCGGCGUCAUUAUCAUGAUUGUUUUUCUGGCCGUUGUUCUCUCAACCGUGAACAUGUUACAGGUGGCACCUUUAUUCUUCCUUGGAUCCACACUCAUUUUCAUUGGAUACGAUCUGCUUUACGAGUGGCUCUUUGAAAUUCGACACAAGAUCUUUUUGAGCGAAUACGUUGUCUUAUGGCUGACUUUUUUAGCAAUUCAGGUCGUCGGUAUCAAUGCCGGUAUUGUUUUUGGUGUAGUUGUGGCCAUGGUCGAUCAUGUCAUGACGACGGCACGCGUUUCUGCUCUCAAUCGAGUACCGAAGCGAUCGCGUGCUGUUUGGUCUCCAGAACAUUGGAAGAUUUUACAGACGCACGGAUACCAUUCACAACAUCCCAAAAUUGUAACCUAUGAGAUUAUCGGCUCGGUCUUUUUUGGAACAGGCCAGCAGCUGUUAUCGACUAUUUCGGAAGAGAUUGGCAUAGAUGCAACAUUGGAAGAGGUCACUGAAGAAGCUGCUAUUAUGAGCCCUCAUCGAGCUGGAUAUCUGAUGACAAAGUCUCCAGGAUCUGGUGGAGCUACAAAGAAACCAAAAAGUCCCCUUAUGAGACCUCGUCCGCAUUUCUUAGUUCUCGACCUUGCUCAAAUGCCGAACCUCGACGCCUCCGCCGCUCGAGGAUGCUUUCUUCAGUUGGCAAAGAUGUGCUCGAAACGACACAUUCUUGUCUGUGCUGCUGGGCUGUGCCCACGUGUGGACUGGAUGCUCCGGGCUCACGAUGUCGCAUACGAUGAAAUUGAAGGAGAAAGAAUCAAACAAGACAUGGAAGGUGGUAUUUUGCCAACUGGAACGUGCGACAAGAUACUGCCGUUCCUAACUAUUUAUGAAGCUCUUGAGUUUUGUGAAAGUCAGUUGAUCCAGCAGUUGGAUCGCCUGAAUCGGUCGCCAUCCUUUAUCGGCCUCAAGGACAUUGCUCCAUCGACAGUGCGCAGAAAAGGGAAAGCAACUCUUGCAGAGGUCUUCUCUUUCAUUUUGGGCUUGAGGGAAGAGGACAAAAAGCUUCUUGAUAGUCUUUCUGACGAGACUUACCAUCAGGAGAUGGAAUACAAUGCAGGGGACUGUAUUUUCCCCAAAGACACUCACUCUGACUCAUUUGGAGUUGUGCUCAAAGGUGCUGUCGCAAACGUUCGAGAAGAACUCAGCUCGCAUUUGACAACUCACAUCGUAUCUGGAGCAGGAAAAGUGUCCUUGACAGGUACCGGAAGGAGUACUUCAAAUCUCAUGGAUCAAGGUGAUAUUGGACAUGUUCGUUCCUUCUUGUCGGUCGGAGGAAUUUUUGGGUUCGUUGACUUCCUUUUGGAGCAUCACCGAAGUUUUCGUAGCGUCGCAUCUCGCGACAAGACGGUUGUUGCGAAGAUAACACGAGCAGGGCUGGAUCGACUGCAAGAAGAGCACCCUGAGGUUGUGCGAAUUGUACAGAGCGUCCUGCUCCAGGCUAGCGCCAUGGAGCUUUCGAACUGCACGUGCAGUGACUAA